AUGAAGUGGGGAAGUCCUGUGGCUUUGCCCCGCAGCGACGAGCUUUGGAAAAACGUCAAAAGGAUUGCAAAGAGCUGCCCCCCAGAAGUGGAAGAGGUCAUCGCCGAAGGCACGUACUUGGAAUCCUUUCUGGAGGCCUUUGAUGGGCAGAGCUUCCUCCUCCACAGCGAAGAGAUUGCUCCAAGCCACGAGUACCGGCUCGCGCUGGAGGUGAACUCUGGUGGAGCCUACUGGAAAAGCAUUCCAGUCUUUCCUUCACGUUGCGAGACAAGUUUUAAGCAUGUCACCAAACCAUCAACUGUUUGA